AUGGUGUCGCGGCAAAAGUGGACGGAGGCAGAAAACCUCCAACUGGAAGAAGAGAAGGAGCAUCCGAUGGAGGUUCGGUGCCCGAAAUCGGGAGAACGGAAGGAGGUUCACGACGAUGACGAUUCGCAUGACGGCACCGUCGACGAAAUGGGAAGCGAGAGAGAAAACACCUGCAUCGAGACGACCGACGAAAGAAGGGAGCCGCAGGAGGAAGAGUCCCGGACGAACGAAAACGGUUUUUGUUCGGUUCCUUCGGUCGGCAGUCGCACGAGAGAGCAGAAGGGUCUGAGGCUCACGGGAGAGGAGGAGAAAGAUGAGGGUGACGGCGACGAGGAUCGUCGAGAUCAUCUCGCGGAAGAAAAUGAAAACCCGAUGAGGAAACAUCCAGAAACGGAGACGGAGCCAAAGGAUCCUGCAAUAUCAGUUCUCGGGGAGAGACGAGGAAAGCCGGAGAAGGAGGUGGCGACACUCGGGCGGGCCGAUUUACAAUUCAAACAAACUUCCAAAUUUAUCCAGGAAGCUGGAAUCGCUUCCGUGUCCAAAUGCAUCAUCCUCGAGCCCAUCGAUCGAGGAAGAGCGCAGGUGGAAAAGACCCGAACCAUCAUCCACCCACUCCUUCGACUCCGACGCGACGCCCGAAUCGCAGGAAUCCUCGUCUCGUCCUCCUCUCGCAUCGCCCCGGCCCGUCGAGGGCACUCGGACCGAUUUCCAGAGUGCAACGUCGGGACGCGGUCCAGACGUCAUCUGCAUAUCGUCUUCCGAAGAAGAAGACCUCGAGAACCGCGUCCCGGUCCGGUCGACGACCUUCGAGACUGCGUCUUCCGAGAACGAGGUCGACGAGAUCGUCCAAUUUUCGAGAAUCGAAUCGAAUAA